AUGAGCAAGUUUUCAAGUUAUUCGCUGAAAGAGAUCCAAGAAGAGUACGAAAAGUAUCUCGAAGAACUUGCGAAUAAAACCGAAUCGACAGAAUCUAAAUCGAUGACUCUGAUAACAACAACGACUAACGGUAUCGGAGGAACCGUCGAUUUUGGAAGCGGAGAUCAAUCACUUCCAUUAUCAACAAGCCCACCAGCAACAAGCGCAGUUGCGGUGAGAUCCAUCUCGGCGAACAAACAGACUCGAUUGAUGGACUACAGCCAUCAUUCUUUCCAAAGAAGCUUUGCGCAUCCGAGAAACCAUCCGAUCAUCAUUGAGCAUUUCCCGUCGAAUACUGAACAACCUCCAGUCACAAUAUAA